UAUGGAUUGGUGGUUAUUUAAUGGAACUAAUCCACCUCCUGGUACCAGUCCUCCAAGACGAUCAACUGACUUUGCACUCUUCAAUGAACUUUUAGGAGAAGAGAAGUUAAAGGGAAGUGUCACUUAUAAAAAACAUUUAGAGACAAUUGUCUAUGGAACAAAGCUAAAAUAUGCUGCCAUUAUUGUAAAUACAACAAUUGAAAGGAAUAGAAUAGGAUACACUAAAGGUUUAGAAAUUAGGGAUAAAUGGGAGGAUUUUAUCAAUAAACAGAGUGAAAAUUUACCAAAUGAAUUAAAUGGUGUUUGGCAAACAGCUAUUGAGAAUGUUGAAAGGGUAGAUAGUGGAAAAUCUAUAUGGCAUUGGUUGGCAGUUCAAAGAAUAUUGGUAGGUUCAGCUAUUACUGGCAUUGCAAUUGGAGUUGGUUUAUCAUGCCCUAUUCUUAUUGUUGCAACCCAUAAUAUAUUUGUUGGCAUUUUGGCUACUAUAACUAUUGCUUGUGUUACAGUUUGUGUUAUUGGUGUAUUGCCAAUAGCUGGUUGGAAACUAGGGUUAAUGGAAUCUUUGAAUUCCGUUUUGGUUGUUGGAUUGGCUGUGGACUAUAUUGUACAUUUAGCAGAAGGCUAUUCCAGAUCAGUUUACAAAUCAAGAGAAGAAAGAGUAAAAGAUAUGUUGACUCAAGUCGGUGUUUCAGUUCUUUCUGGAGCUAGUACAACACUAGGAGCUUCAUUUUUCUUGUUAUUGGGAGAUCUUUUAUUUUUUGUUGAAUUUGGAGCUUUUAUGUUUGCAACUAUUGGUUUUUCAAUUGUAUGGGCUCUGGGUUUUUUUUCUACAAUUCUGGGUAUGUUUGGACCGCAAAAUAAUUUUGGAUCAUUAAAACCAGUUUAUUCAUGGAUUAUCAGUAGAUGUAAUAGACAACAGAGUAGCAAUCAGUAG